AUGGCUUUGUGUAAAUGCUUUGGUUAUCCGGAUUUUUUUAUAACCAUAACAUGCAAUCCCAAAUGGCCAGAAGUACAACGCUUUCUCAAAGACACCAAUCUCAGUCCGGAAGAUAGGCCUGAUAUCCUUUCCAGAUUGUUCAAAAUUAAGCUUGAUUCAAUUUGCAAAGAUUUAAAAAAGAACCAUCUAUUUGGCAAAGCUUCAGCAGUUGUUUACACAAUCGAGUUUCAAAAACGUGGUUUGCCUCAUGCCCAUUUAUGCUUAUUCAUGGAGCCUGAAUCGAAAUUACCUACGGUGGACCAUGUUGAUGGAUUUAUAUGCGCAGAAAUACCUGACAGAAAUGAAGAUCCAGAAUUAUUCAUGCUUGUGAAAGAAUAUAUGAUACACGGUCCAUGUGGUAAUGCAAGGUUGAGUUCUCCAUGUAUGGUUGAUAGGAAGUGUUCAAAAGGCUUUCCCAAAGACUUUCAAGAUCAUACUACACUAGAUUCAAACGGCUUUCCUUUAUACAGAAGGAGAAACAAUGGCGCUUUAGUUGUGAAAAAUAAAAUUGACCUUGAUAACAGAAGUGUGGUACCGUACAACAAAAAAUUAUUGAAAAGGUAUCAAGCUCAUAUAAAUGUUGAAUGGUGCAAUCAGGCCGCUUCGAUAAAGUAUCUGUUUAAAUACAUUAAUAAAGGACCUGACCGAGCGACUAUAGCCGUUGUUCAAAGCGAUAAUCAAUCUGACGAACAAGUACAAGACGAGAUAAAAGAGUAUUAUGAUUGUCGAUAUAUUUCAGCUUGUGAAGCAUCUUGGAGGAUAUUUGCCAAUGAAGUGCAUUAUAGACGACCUUCUGUUAUGAGACUUCCGUUCCAUCUACCUGGCCAACAACCUGUUGUUUUUGGUCCUGAUGAGGAUAUUAACUAUGUUCUAAACAAACCAUCUGUUAAAUCUUCAAUGUUUCUCUCAUGGAUGGAACGUAAUAAAGACCCAAAUGACACGUUGGCCCGUACACUUACAUAUGUUCAGUUUCCCAAUUUUUAUGUUUGGAAGCUUGAUAAGCGAGUAUGGGAACCUAGACAAAGGAAAACAGCUAUUGGCAGGAUUCAUUCCGUACCUCCGUCACUUGGUGAAGCUUAUUUUUUGAGAAUUCUGCUUAACAAGGUCAGAGGACCAACAACGUUCGAUGACAUUAAAACAGUUAAUGGUCAUGUUUACGAUACAUAUAGAGAUGCUUGCUACGCGCUCGGUCUUUUGGAUGAUGACUCCGAGUAUGUGGAGGCAAUAAAGGAAGUAAGUUUAUCAGGAAGUGCUUCAUAUAUUCGUAAUUUAUUUUGUACCAUGCUGUUAUCGAGUAGUAUUUCUAGACCUGAGGUUGUUUGGGAAAGUUCAUGGAAAUACAUGACAGACGAUUUUUUAUAUAGACUUCAGAAAUACCAUCGAGUUACAGCGUUAUCAAUUCCGGAGCACCAACUGAAAAACUAUGCUUUGUGCGAGAUUGAGAAGUUUUUACUGCGAAAUAAUUCAUCCUUGCGAAGAUUUCAAACAAUGCCAUUUCCAGAUAUGUCGUCUUCAGGCAGUUCAGAUAGUCGUUUGAUAUUUGAGGAGCGGGCGUAUGAUAUAACACAUCUUGGAAAUCUGUACGAUAGUCAGUUGACAAUGUUAACUGAUGAACAACGCUCUGUCUUUGAAGAAAUUAUGGCAGCAGUGAAUGGUGAUAACGGUGGGAUUUUUUUCCUUUACGGCUAUGGUGGAACAGGUAAAACAUUUUUAUGGAAGACAUUGUCCGCUGCAAUUAGAUCAAAAGGUCAAAUCGUUUUAAAUGUGGCUUCAAGUGGAAUUGCAUCGUUGUUGUUAGAUGGUGGCAGGACAGCACAUUCCAGGUUUCACAUACCUUUGAAUCUUACUGAAGACUCUGUAUGUAAUAUAAAUCCAGAAAGUGAUGUGUCUAAAUUACUGCAUGAGACGAAAUUAAUAAUUUGGGAUGAAGCACCUAUGGUACACAAACAUGCAUUCGAAGCGCUCGAUAGAACAAUGAAUGACGUUUUCAACAUCGACCAAUCUCUCAAUUCAGACAUCAGGUUUGGAGGUAAGGUAAUUGUUUUUGGUGGCGAUUUCAGACAAAUAUUACCUGUCGUUCCAAACGGUGGAAGACAAUAG